UUCCAAGCUAGAAAUGCAGUUAACAAUAAUUGCUGGUGACGAUAUUUCAAGCUUACAAGUUGGUGAAGACAUUGAACUUGAAAUUUUGGUGUCGCUUUGUAAAAUUGAGAUUGCUUCUAUUGCUGACAUUCCUUUGGAACAAUUACAAUUAAUUGUUAAUGGACAAAAUAUUGCUUUGAAUUCUCCGGAUUUGUUGAAAAAACAGCUCAAAGAUUUUGACAUUAAUGAUGGGGAUGCUAUUCAUAUUGGAAAAGUCCAACAACCACCUAAACAACCUGUAAAUCCUUCCCAUGCAACGUCAACUUCCACUGGACUUUCUUCAAUUAUUUCCAAUUUGGUCAAAAGCAUCAAAGUGCCUACUAAACGGCCUUCUGAAGAUUCACAAGACAGAAUGAUGGCAGAAAGAAUUUUCGAUUCGCUUUCUGUACCUGUUAGAUUGGAUUUUUUAAAAGCAAACUAUCCUGAGUUGGCAGAAGCUUAUGAGGCUAAUCCGACUGAUAAAGAAGCUUUCGUCACUGCCUUUUUCCAAUCGAAAAAAGAUUUGGCACGUAAAGAGCGUCUAAUGAUGGACGAAACAAGUGAAGAAGGUCAAAGAUAUGUUGCCGAAUUAAUUGAGCGUCAAAAUAUUGAUUUUAUGCACAAUUUUGCUAUGGAACAUAUGCCCGAGGCUUUCAUUCCUGUUCAUAUGCUUUUUAUUCGGAUGAAGAUAAAUAAUUGUGCACAAACUUCAAUUUUGUCUGAAUCUUGUGCUAAAAGAUGCAAUGUCCUUCGAAUGGUAGACAAACGAAUUCGAGUCCAGGCUGUAGGUAUCGGUGGAAAUCAAAAAAUGUUGGGAAGAAUCCAUUCCUGUCAAGUACAAGUAAAUGAACACUUCUUUUCUUGCCCAUUUGAAGUUAUGGCUGAUCGGGAUAUUGAUAUUUUAUUUGGAUUAAAUACUUUACUCAGACACAAAUGCAGCAUUGAUUUAAUUAAAAUGGUUUUGAGGUUUGGUGACGGUACUGAAGCACCUUUUCUUUCUGAGGCAGAAUUUCAACGAGAAAAGGAGGCUGUUAUUUUGAAUGGUUGGUUUUUUUUGAAAAUUUUUCUGGAUAGCGGCCGGUUCCAGAAGUCUUUAGAUUUUUACGUCAUUCGUUUUGUCUCGGUGAGCGAAGCCGAAUGA